UGAUAAUGAGGUGAAUGAAACUGAUGAAGUUUGAAACUUUGAAGUGAUGAUGACAUUCUCUAUUUUGACAUCUGGUAGACUCACUGAUGUGAGGGGAUUGUGAUGUGACUAAAAUUAUUAUAAAAUACAUAAAUAAAGAUUUAAUUUCGUAUACGUAAUGUGCAAAUGUCUAUAAAUGUAACUCUUACUAAAGAAUGAAAUAGCACUUUUAACUAUUCUAUCAUGGAUCAUCAGGAAUCAUCGGGUCAAGAUGGUAGUCUGAAGAAGACUUCAAUUGAUGAAUUAGGCAGAGAUGAAUUAAUAACCAAAUGCAAAGGAUUUCUAGUGAUAGCUCAAAAAGCUAAAGUCGCCAAGACAGAGUUACAAAAUGAACUUGAUGGGUGCAAAAAACUUCUUGAAAAAUAUGAAAAGGAAAAAAAUGCCAGUUCAGAGAAUAUCAAAACUCUACAAGAAUUGGUUGAUUCAUUGACAGAGCAAAAACUGAAUUUUAUUACUGAAGUGGAUUCAGCCCAAAGUAAGAUUAAAGCACUUAACAAUAAGUGUAUCAGCUAUGAGGAAGACAUUAAUACUUACAAAAGUGAUUUGAUUGUGAAAGAUAACAUAAUAGCUGAAAUAAAUCAAAAGUUAUCUGAUCUUGAUAUAGAAGUUACUUCACUAAGAAGACAGAACAAUCGGCUAUUGGAAGAAAAUGAACAACUGUUGAGUCAACUCACUGAGUUUGAAGCUAGAGCUGCAGAGUUUAAUAAUAUUGGAAUGCAACAGAGAGAACAACUUAAAAUUUUAGAAGAGAGUGUGCAUACAGAAGACCAAUAUAAAACCCAAAUUGAAGAAUUAAAGAGUCAAAUUCAACACUUAGAGAAUAAAAUUCAAAGUAAUGUAGACUUUGAAGCUAAAUUUAUUGAGGCAAAUGAAUUGUUUGAGUCUGAAAAGGCUAAAAAAGAAAAGGCUAAUGUCAAAUUAAGGAGUUAUAAAGACAAAAUUUUAAAAUGUGCUGCAUGCAUUAAUCAAUUGAAAAACUCAAGAUUUAUCUUGGCAAAAACAGUCAAAGAAUAUUCUGAGAACAUUCCUAAAUGGCAAAAUGAUAUCAUAAAUGCAUCAAAAGUGCUUGAUAAUCAGAUUAAUGAACUAAGCAGUGAAAAUAUUACUUUAAAAGAAAAACUUGUGGAACUAGAAAAACAACUAAAUGAAUUGAAACAAACAAGUAUGGAGAAUAGUGUUAUUGAUUCACAAAUAUCUAUUUUAACUCAAGAGAACAUGGCAUUCAAAGACAAAGUAUCUGAAUUAGAACAACAAUUAAGGAGUUGUGGUGAUGAAAUCACUAAGCUCAAAUUUGAUCUCGGUGAGAAAGCAAACAAACUGGAAGAGUAUAAAUUACAGGAGGAAAGAUUUAACGAUUGUAACCUUAAGCUAGUUGACACAAGUAAUAAAUUUACUGAACUUGAAAAGUAUGUACAAAUGCUGAAACAUGAAAAUAAAAAAUUAAAUGACACACUACUUAAUCAAGGGCGAAAUAAUGAAGAAUUUGAGAAUCUGACUUUACAGAUUAAAGCUUUAGAAAGUGAAAAAUCUACUUUAGUCAAAGAGAAACUAAAUGCUAGAGACAGUGUUGUUGAUCUUGAAAAUCAAAUUACAAAGUUGUCAGACCAACUUCUUGAAGCUAAAACGGAAUUACAAUAUAUGAAAUCUCAGUUAGACGUACUCAAUCAAGAAAAAGCUGCUUUUGAGAUUAAUUUUAAAGCUGAAAAAGAAGGUGAGAUAAAUGUAUUGAAGUGUAAUUUGAUGGCUCAGCAAGAACAAUUUAACUUGUUAAAGAAAGAACACGAAGAUUUACAAGAUUUGAACAGCCUUUUAAAAGAGGAAGUGGACACUCUUAAACUUUCAUUGGAACAACCCAAAGAUGAUGCUGACUUAUCAGAUCUGAAUGUAUCUUUACAAGCAGACAUUGCGAAAUUAGAAACUAAGUUAUCUGCUUACAAACAAGAAAAUGCAUCUCUUUUGUCUGAAAUAAAAGAUGCACGAAACAAGUCCAAGGAAUUUGAUAGUUUAAUUGUUGAGUUUGAAGAUGCCAAAUCUAAAUUGGCUAGUUACAAGUCAGAAAAUACUGAACUGUUGAAUGAAAUGAAAGAAAUCAAUCAAGUAUUAAAAGAACGUGGUGAAGCCAUAUCCAAACUUCAAAAAGCUGUGUCUGAAAUGGAAAAGUUGGUUGAGACUUUAGAGAAGGACAGAGAAAAUAUGAAUCAAGAGAAAAUAGAAUUACUGAAAAAGAAUGAAGGGCUCCAAAGUGAUUUACAAACUGCAGAGCAAAAGUCAAAUGAAAAGACUGAAACUGCCAAUCAGUUAAAUGUAGAUGUGGAUAAUGCCAUGAAAGCUCUGUCUAAAAAAGAUGAAAUAAUAACAUCUUUAAAAGAAGAAAUUGAGAAACUGAAACAACAACAAAUGACAUCAGCUGAACUACCAAAUGAGGACAUGUCAACUUCAACUAUAUCUAAAGCAGAAGAACAUUCUCGAAUGAAAGAUUUAGAUGAAACCUUUGAAGAGAAGUACACUAAAUUAAGGAUAUUUGCUCUGAAGCUCAAGAAGAAACUGAAUGAGACUACAAGUCAGAUGCAACAGACAGAAAAAGACAAAGCCAAGCUUGAAAAGUUGCUAAGUGAAAGCAAAUCAGGUAACCAUGUAAAUGAAGUGGAUAGUCGUCAAACCGACAACACAACUCAUGCGGCUGAGAAUAAUGAACUAGAAGAAAAAGUCAAAUCUUUAACUGUUGCUCUAGAGGCAACGAAAAAUGUUACUUCUGAAUUAGACAAGUUAAAAGCGGAAUUAGCAUUGAAAACGCAACAACUGGCAACUGAAGUGGAAGCGCAUAAAGUAACUAAGGAUAAUCUGGAGAAAGCACGACGCGAUGUCAAGAAGAAAAACGUAUUGAGUCUCGAAAUGGAAGAUUACGAACGGUCGAUGAAGGAACUUUCGACAAAGAUGGAGGAGAGUAAGAAGAAAAUGAUGCAGAUGGAGUCGACAAUUGACACGCAAGAAGGAACAAUCACAGCAAUGCGAACGCAAAUAAAAUUACUAGAGGAACAAAUUAAAACUGAGGAGAGGCAAAACAGGAUUGUUAAGGAAGAGUUACAAAACGCUAUUGAAGAUGGAAAAGAAAAGGAUAAUCUGAUACAAGUGAAAAACACAAUCAUAUCUAAAUUGGAACAAGAUUUAGAAGACGAAAAGAGAAAGAAUGAAGAAUCUGAUUUAGAAAUGACGUCAAUACUAACCGACAAAGAAAAAGUUAUAAUGUCUCUAGGCGAAGAUAAGGCAGAACUUAACAACAAAGUAAAGAAAUUGGAAUUCAAAUGUUCUGAAUUGAAUGAAAAGUUAAGAAUUCUCAAUAUAGAAUUGGCGGAUUUGAAGACUGAGUAUACAAGUUACAAGGUUCGAGCUCAGGCCGUAUUGCGACAGAAUCAGACUGUGGAUCAUAGCCAAGAAGAGCAGCUAAAAGAAGAAGCGGCCGCUCUCAGAGCACAGAUAGAAAUACUAACAGCUAAACUUGCGACGGCUCAGGAGCAAAUAACAGAGAAGACAUCGGAAGUAGAGAGUACUAGGAGGCGAGCAGCGGAGGCUACGAAUGAGGCGGCGCGGGCGCAACAGAGAACUUCGCGACUACAGGCUGACCUCACUCGACUGUCACAGCAGAUUGAAACAGAGAGAACGCAGAAUAAGUUGCAAGUCUCCACACUAACACAAUGCUACAAAACUCAAAUGAGUGAAAUGGAAGCUAAGCUGCAGAAAGAAAUUGACUCGUUGAAUAAGCAGCUGGCGUCCGCUCAGGAAGCGAAGAAGUCUGGCAACGUCGCUAUACCUUCGCUUGAAGACGCCAACAGAAACGAGUACAUGUUGCCAGUUAUACCGAAGGAAGAAAGCAGCGAUGGCGAGAUGGAUAUCAAUGUUUCUAUGAUACCGAGGGAAGAAGGAGAGGGUUCUGAAUUUGCUCCGUCCCCGCCUCCGUCGAAGCCGUACCUCUCUGGAGGGGCUAGCGGCCGGUCCCCAGUACCAUUGGAACGACUGCUGGAAGAAGGUGUCCCCGACGACGAGGCUAUGGACACCUCCUCUUUUGCACUCACACCCGACCAGGAGAUCGCUGACCUCAAACGAAGGCUCCAAGCUCAACAACAGAGGGUGAAGCACGUGACGGUACUACUGUCGGAGUCGGAACGUGAAUGCGCUCGCAUGGCGCAGCUGAGUGAGCUGCUUAAGGCAGAGCUCCGGCGAGUGCGAGGAGCUACACAGAACGCACACAACACAGAAUACAUGAAAAACGUUACGCUUAAGUUCCUAACACUACCACCCGGCGACGAGCGCAGCCGGCUGGUACCAGUGCUGCAGAAGAUACUUACACUCACACAAGACGAGACGCAAAAAAUUAAUGCCGUUGCUAAGGGUAACAUUAAUUUAUUAAUCAUUAUUUUACUAUUUGACUUUGUAGUCGAGAUAAACCCUCGUGUCUGGGAUGCCGGGCAAGGAAUGAAGAUGUAUUGGGAAACUAAAUGCAACAACUUGUUUGGAUCCAAAUCCAGGGAAAGGGUGGGGAAGCUACCUUCCCUGGCCAGGAGGGAAAUAACAACAAAUCGAUAUUUAAACGUGUCUAACAAAAUAUGAUAGCCAUGCUCCAUGCUCCAAGCUCCAAUAGUGAAUUGUAAAUUAUCUGUGAUUCCAUUAUCGACGAAACAGUUUUCAUUAUUUCAGAACUCUUUGCAUUUAAGGCUAUAAUUUUUUGGCUAAGCGUAUCUUAUUGGAUAAUAAACUAUUAUAUUUUCAAAUGCUAUUCUUAAAUUUAUGGUGAUAUUUUACAAUUAUUUAUUUUAAUUUUUUAAAUAGCCAUAUGUAAAUAAGCAAUUGAGAGAUAAAUAUAGAUUUAUAUUAUAUUAUUCAUGUAGUUGUUAUUAAAAAGGUGGUCUGGGAAAGGAAAACACUAAAUCAGAUAUUCUAAAGGUAUUUGGUAAAAUGAUGUAAUAGAUUUAACAUAAUAGCAAUAAAUUAAUGUUUUUCUAAUGGUAUGAUAGCAUUAAUCGUUCAUUCCAAUCUUUUUAGCAUAACAAAAGUAAUAUUAAUUCCAGAAUGUGCAUUAUGUGAUAUAAUAGUAUUUUAUCUAUGGGCAAUUCACGUUUUAUAUUCAUUUCAAUGUACUUUUCUUUUUCUUUCGAUAUACGCAUAUUUAUUAUGUACGCUUUAAAGUGGAAACGAAUGCCAACAUUACAGCAAUAUUUAAUACACUCUCAAACAAUACGAGUUGCUAAAAUUAUAGAAUGAAACUUUUAAAAAAUAUACUUUAGGUGCUUUUAUAUAAUCAAGUGUCCGUCAGUUAGUCUCUAUUUUAACAUAGCUGCACAACCCUCCGUUCACCACGGUCGGCCAUUGAUGACAAACAAAAUGUACUUAAAAAAUGACGUAGUCUUGUCGGCUAUGUAGCCCAUUUUUUGUUUGUUGUCUGUAGCCGACAGAGGCGUACAAAAGGUUCUGGUCUACAGUUAACGAAUGAAACACUCUCCUAAUCAUAUCAGUGAUGUAUAUGCAACUGCGACACAGCGAGUAGAUGAAAUCAUAUCACGGAAAAUACAAAAUACUUAGCUUAUCACGCUGAUAUAAAUAUUAAUAUAAAUACAUACUAUAAAAUAUAUAUAAAGUUUAAGCAAAUUAUAAGUACCCAGUUAUAAUGCUUUUUAUACCUUAUUAAUGAUUUGUUAUGCAAAAUUAUUAUACACACACG